AUGGUCCCGAAACCGGAUGGCACCCUUUGCUUCUGCAAUGACUUCCGCUGCCUCAACGAGGUAUCUGAGUUCGACGGAUACCCCAUGCCUCGGUGUGAGAUUCUGGAGAAAGAGCGAGAUGAGGCGAAUGAAAAGUUGUCAAGGAUGGAGGAGGCCUCUGCUCAACUGCUCAAUGAGCUGGAUGUGUUAGAGAUGCAGUUUCAGAUUGAGCGGUCAUGCAGGGAGACCGCAGAGGCCUUUGCACUGAAAGUGAAUAAAGAUUUCAAGGUAUUAAAGAGGCAAAGCCAAGCUAUACUUCCCCUGAUUCCAGAAAUGCCAGAAAAUUUCUCCAUCCUAAACCUGGAACCCGAAGCUGAUCCCAGCUCCGAGCUGGUCUCUGAGGAAGAGAGCGGUGAAGAUCCACUUCUCAUGAGCCAGAAUCAAAUUAGAGAACUACAGUCAUCUGUAGACCGGUUACUCGGGGAAAAAAUUCAACUUACUGCACAGGUGGAGCUUCUUAAGAAAGAGAAGGAAGAUUUAAAGGACAAGUUGGUGUUGGAGGUCGGAGAGAAAGAGGCCCUUCUGCGAAAGUUCAGUAAGCAGAGCAGGACUGUGAAUAAAAUGAAGAGAGUGUCCCAGCUGGUUACAGAAGAGUUUACAGAGAUGUCUCAGAAGCUUGAAAUAGAACAAGGACUCAGGCAGCAUGCUGAAGUUUUUGCACACCAGAUGCUGGUGAAACAGCAGGAAAUCCAGAGACAGAUUCAGAACGCAGAGACUGAGAAACAACUAAAACAGGCUCUGAGUCAAGUGACUGAAAUCAGCAAAGCUCUGGAAGAGAUACGACUCUGUUACCAAAACCAGAUUUCUCAGACAGCAGCUCAGGAUCUCAACUCUCUGUCCGAUCUGGCCACAGUAAGAACAAAGCUGGAGAUCACCGAGAAUGAGAGGAGCGAGAUUGAGAUUCAACUGAAAGACUCGCAACAAUCUGUUAAUGCACUUCAGGAGGAAAUCAAGCUGCUCAAGGAUAAACUGAGCGAGAUGGAGCAACUUUCUUCCAUCCAAUCUAACCAGUCGAACGAAGCAAACGAAAAUCCAGCCGAUCCACCAUCACUGGUGCCGCCACCACCUCCUCCUCCUCCUCCUCCCCCACCUCCUCCUCCUCCCCCUCCUCCUCCACCUCCUCCUCCACCUACUCCUCCUCCAUCUUCAGCUGUCACUGACCCAUUAAAGGCUUUGAGGAACCGAAAGCAGGGAGGAAACAGCACCACUCAAACUGCGAAACCCGCAAUUACAGAGGAUAUGAAGGCCAGAGCUGUGGAUGAAAUGAUGGAAAGAAUCAAGAAAGGCAUUAUUCUCAAACCUAUUCUCAGAACACCACAGGCUGUGUCAGAGGAUGAAAAUGCAUGGAAGGAGCAAAGGUCUGAGAACCGGAAAUCAGCUGUGCUGGAAUUACAGGGGAUGCUGGAUUGCAUGAGGAGGUCUGGCCCUCGAAGGGUGGAAUCUAAAAAACGCUUCAGCCGUAAUGUUGGGGAGGCAGAGCUUCAGAUGGUGCUCCAGAGAAGGAGACGGGCUAUGGGGGAUGAAAAAGGGACCCCUCCUUCUCCAACCAAACCCAAUGAUCCACCUGCAGCCGUGUCCGUCUCGAGCUCUUCGCCCUGGGCGGGGGAGAGUGGAAGCGCCCCGGUGCUCCGGAGACUUCAGCAGAACCGUGAGAAGAGAAUCUCUCGCAUAAAGGCUUCCGAGUCCAUUAUAUGGGAAGAAAAAUGCCUCUUGGAAUUUGUUUAAAGUAAAUGUCACAAAGCUGAAUAAAGCAUUAACCCUGCUAACCAAGCGAUGAAAAAAACCAAGGACCCAUGCGUUCAAAAUUGAAUUAUGAAAGAAAUAAAAGACAUU